UGUAAAUGCAGAGCUGUAGUCGAUGAAGAGCAUUUUCACAUAAUUCCCUUUCCUAGUGUCCAGGUGAGUGAGGGAUGUGUGGUGGUGCCUGUUGCUUGACCCAUCGGACCAGCCAACAGUGGAUCAAAUUAUGCUUCAUCCAUGGCUACAGCAGUACAAGCCAAAGGCCUGAGGGUUCUACACCAGCUGGAGGCAAGUGAAAAGUACCCAUGGUGCACAGUAUCUGAGCGGCUUCUUUUAUUAAAAGAUUUUCAGGCCAACAGAGAUUCAAGCUGCCUAUCUAACAAAGUGACGUUUUCCAUGCGUGCAGCAUCCUUAGAGGAUCUCUACACCAAAGGGGCACUACUUGGAAAAGGAGGGUUUGGCACAGUAUUUGCAGGGAUAAGAAAGACUGAUGGGAUGCCGGUGGCCAUCAAAUACAUCCCCAAGGAGAAAUGUACUAAGCAGCUAAGGAUGCCUGGACAAGAGAAGCCACUCCCCAGAGAGGUGGCUUUGAUGGUGCACUUAAGCCUAGAGCCAACUUGUCCUUCCAUUCUAAAGCUCCUUGAAUGGUUUGACUUGCCCAGCGAGUACAUGUUGGCGAUGGAAAGACCUGAGCCAUGCAUGGAUCUGCAGGAAUACUUCAGGAGCCAAGGGGGCUUCCUUAGUGAGGAGGUGGCGCGGCAUGUGCUCCUGCAGCUGCUCGAAGCCCUGGGAAACUGUGAGAGCAAAGGCGUCCUGCAUCGGGAUGUGAAGCCAAGCAACAUCUUGAUAAACACCAAGACGCUACAAGUGAAGCUGAUUGACUUCGGCUGUGGAGAUAUUUUCAAGGACGAGUCAUACACUGAUUUUGCAGGUCAUUGACACAGACCACUGAAAAACCCAUAAAAAUCAUCCUUUCAUUUAAGACAGCAGACAAUCCAAUGUCAAGAAGCCAGAUGUUUUGCCAGUUGUUUUCUAGAUUAAUUCCUAGAAGCGGUGCUUCUGUUGUUCCCUUCAUUAAGACAGCUGACUUACUUCAGUAAAAAUAACUAUCUGCCUCUGGAAGUCCCAGCACAGGUGUCACUUGGUGAAUGUCUGACGUUUUGCAAUAUUAAUCUCAGAUACCCUGAGAAAGAACCUUCACCUGAGAGCAAUGA